GUAGCCGGCCAAAGUGAAAGAACAACGGUUCCUUCCUUUCUUCUUCCUUUCCCAUGACAUUGUGAAAUUAUGAUUCUAAAAUUUCCAAAUUGCGACUCUUUAAUACGUACUCGUGUAAAUUUCCAUUGAAUAAAAAUAUACUUUCUCUCUCCAAUAGAAUAUCCUCUUGCUUAACCAAUCCCAUUGAUCACCAUAUCCAGCCAUUCAUCGCCCUAUCUAUUACUUCACUCUCAAGCAAAUUACUCCGUCAACCACAAUCCAAUCCAAUCCCCCCUAUAAAUUACAUUCCUCCCAUUAUUUUACAAUCCCAUCAGCGUUUUUAAUUGUGUUAUCAUCUAAAUCUACACUAUUUAAUUCUCUGAUUUUUUUCCAAUUACAUAAACCCCAAAUCCCCGAUGAUUCCGACACCCAAAUCCUUAAAGAUGAAAUCUUUGUUGAUUUUUCUUGUGUUUUCUCUGCUUUUUGUACCCUCAUUGUGUACCCAAGAACCAUCAAAUUGUCAUCAACUAACAAGAAACAUGAUUCUGGAAUACCCAGAUGGAGGAAGAGGAGGAGCAGACCCAGAAGAAGUGAUUUUACAAUGUACAAGUUGGAGGUUUGCUGUGGAAGCUAAUAACAUGAAUUCAUGGAAAACAAUCCCACAAGAAUGUGCUGAUUAUGUCAAGAAUUAUAUGUUGGGUAAGGGUUAUUUAUUGGAUCUUGAAAGGGUUUCCAAUGAAGCUUCUGUUUUUGCAAAAAGUGUUCAUUUUGAGGGUGAUAGUAAAGAUGCUUGGGUUUUUGAUGUUGAUGAAACUUUGCUCUCUAAUCUCCCUUAUUAUGCUGAUCAUGCUUUUGGUUUGGAGGUGUUUGAUGGAGUGGAGUUUGAUAAAUGGGUUAGCAAGGCCAUGGCUCCAGCUAUUGAAUCCAGUUUAAGGCUCUAUGAGGAGGUUUUAAGUCUGGGAUUUAAGGUUUUCCUGUUAACAGGCCGUAGCGAAAAGCUGAGGGAUGUUACUGCUCAGAAUCUGAUCAAUGUUGGGUUCAAGAACUGGGACAAGCUUAUAUUGAGGAACACGGAAGACCAUGGAAAGUUAGCAACGAUAUUCAAAUCAGAGAAGAGGAGCGAGAUGAUGAAGGAGGGAUUCAGGAUCCUGGGCAACUCAGGGGAUCAGUGGAGUGAUUUGUUGGGUUUUCCAAUGUCUACUCGUUCUUUCAAGCUCCCAAAUCCUAUGUAUUAUAUUCCCUAGUGAAAAAGGGCAUCAUAUUCGUAAGUCAAACAUCUAUAUACUUCUUAUUAGUCUAAUUAUUGGAGUAAAUAGUUGUACAUUGUAUUAGGAAAUUAAUCAAGUGCAUUGUAAGAGCCUCUUAUGUAAACUAGAGGUAUAUUAUGUAUAUUCUGUUAGCUGAUUUGGAAAUUAAUAGAAAAUGAUAAACUGGUUGGCUUUAA